GUGAAGUCCCUCUCUUUGUAUUUCUAGCUGCAGGGCACUGGGGUGCUUGGGGCAGUUUGGGUCAGUGUAGACUGGGGGAAGUAAAACAGAGGCUGCGGGGUGGCCAAGCGCAAGGCGGAGGAAACGUGCAGGAAAAGAGCCUGCAGAUGGGCGAGAUAAACAGGACCCCCCCACGGACUGUGACUGAGUAGGCAGGCCUCUUUGAUGGCUCUUAGCAACGCCCCUGCUCUGACCCUCCUCAUAUGCGAGGAAAAUCAAAUCAAUACACUGUUCUUCAACCACGAUGCUGCAGCAGCAGCAGCAGCAGCAGCAGGGCGUUGUGGCAGCCUUCGUCUCCUCUUAAAUUCGUCGACGCUUUCCAAUUUGCUGAUCUCUGGAUACCCAUCACUGCUGAGGAAGACCCUGAUUGCAUCUCUAAAAGGAUUCCUUGAGCUCCCAUGUGUAACCUUCCUCCUAUUAGAAAGUAUUAGAGAUGGCUAACAGAGGACCAAGCUAUGGCUUAAGCCGAGAAGUUCAGGAAAAGAUUGAGCAGAAAUAUGACCCGGAAUUAGAGUCUAGGCUUGUGAACUGGAUUAUUAUUCAGUGUGGAGAACAGAUAGAGCAUCCUCCGCCCGGAAGGCAGCAUUUUCAGACCUGGUUGAUGGAUGGAACGCUGUUAUGCAAGUUAAUAAACAGUUUACAUCCAAAGGGAAAUGAGCCCAUUGCAAAGAUCUCUGAAUCAAAAAUGGCUUUCAAGCAGAUGGAACAAAUUUCUCAGUUCUUAAAAGCUGCUGAAAUCUACGGAGUAAGAACAACAGAUAUUUUCCAGACAGUGGAUUUAUGGGAAGGGAAGGACAUGGCAGCAGUGCAGAGGACCUUAAUGGCUCUAGGCAGUUUGGCAGUGACUAAGGAUGAUGGCUGCUACAAGGGGGAUCCAUCCUGGUUUCACAGGAAAGCACAGCAGAAUCGGCGAGGAUUUUCAGAAGAGCAGCUUCGUCAAGGACAGAAUGUAAUAGGCCUUCAGAUGGGCAGCAACAAAGGCGCAUCACAGUCAGGCAUGACAGGCUAUGGGAUGCCAAGGCAAAUUAUCUAAAAGCAUCUGCCUGUAGAGAAAACACUCCUUCUGCAGCAUGGUCUGAUUAAGAGAAAAAAAAAAUGCAGCUCAUUAGUUCCUUUUCUGCCUGUUUUUUUAAUAGUUAGUGUGCUCUAAGAUUUGGCAUAUUUUUGUUUUGGUUUGUUUUGGUUUGGUUUUGCAGCCGCAACUGUUCAUCUAGGAACACGGGUUUUUGUGGUGGUGUGUGUCAGUUCACAGCACGUGUGCACUGCUGCCUCCUCUUUCACUUCUGAACUAUGCAAAGACAAUUAUUCUGUAUUAAUUUAUUUGCAAACUGUUAUCUUCCAUAUUUGUCUCACACCACUCAUAUCUCAACCAGUAACCUCGUUCUUCAAUUCAGUGAUGAUAUUGUUUGACCUAAGAAUAAAGAUAAUUAAAACUGCC